AUGAAGGUUAUAUGCAGUUGGCUUUUUAUCGUGAUAUUUCUACUUGCUAAUGGCAUUGAUCAAAUAAAUGCAGAAUGGGAGUGGCGUUUACCAGAUGACGGCAAUCAAGGGGGUCCCAGUGGGGGUGGUUUUAUGCCUGCGGAAAAAGUGGACAACGGGCCAUCUGCAGGCGGCCCCUAUCCUCCUCAACCCAGAAUUAGGGACCAGUACCCUUAA